CGCCAUCUAGUGUUGAUUUUUUAUUUUUAUAUUAAUUUAAUAUUUGAUUUGUUUAUAUAAUUACAUAUAACUGUAAAAUAUUCAUUAAGUUUAUAUGAGUUACUUAGUUUUAUAAAAAUAAUUAAAAGUGCUUCUCUCAUUUUCCUCUUAAUAUCAUUUGUUAUGCCACAAGUGUUACCUUGACAACGCAUUUCGUGCUUCCUCUUAUUUUACCAUUAACUUAGUUUCCUUUUGGUUACUAAAAAAUAUAUAACUUUGUCAAGGAAAUUAAAAAUAAAUUGUAAAAAAUGCACGGAGAUAGUGUAAAUUCACAGGACUCAAGCAAUUUACCAGUGACCACAUUUCAGUCGGAUGAUCUACUCGAAAAGCUAAAAAUGCUGAACUACGAGAAGCAACUGCUGAAUGAGUACAAAAUGAAGCCACUCUCGCGUUUCUACUUUGUCAAAUCAUUCAAUCCUGGCGAACAGUUUUUCAUGUUUACGCUAAUUUGCUGGUGGCUCUGCCGAAAGCUAGGCAAAGAGAUGGACCGGCCGCAGGAGUUCGAUGACCCCAACACAGUGAUUGCCAAAAUAGUGCAAAUACUGGAUGAAAUGGAUGUGCCUGUGGACUUUCCACCCAACAAGCUAAUACGCGGCGCGGGCCCCAUUUGUUUGAACGUUUUGGACAUACUCGCCACACAAGCCACCAAAGUUGCACAGAUAACCUACAAUCGGCCGCACAUAGCGCAGGAGGAUGAAGUGGCUACAGACUACUUGGAGGAUAAUGCCGAAAUCAUAUUGGAAAAACUGGAGGAUGAACAGAAUGCCGCCUUGAGUGAUGAUAGCGAUAUGGAAGUGAAUGGCGGUGGUGCUUUCAAGAAUCUCAACUGGAUAAACCGCACACGGCGUGCGGAUCGCAAUCACAAUAUCGAUUUGCCGGACGAUGAUGCGGCCGCCGAACGCUUUACCGACCAGCAGCAAUGGCGACAGGAGUUUGAGCGUGUGCUGCCGCAACUGAAAGUUUAUGUGAAAGCUGACGCACGCGAUUGGCGCACACAUUUCAGCCAAAUAGAGACUUUAAAGGCGAGCAUUGAUGAGUGCUCUGAGGACACACAAUCGCAAUUGAAAAAGCUGCACAGCGAGUUCACCUUCAGUCUGGAGAAGAUCGAAAGUCGCGAGAAGCAUUUGAAUAACGAGCUACAGUCGUCCAUACGACAAUUUAAGGAAAUCUCAAUUGAGUUGUCCAAUGUGCAACAUGCCCAAAUGCAGGUGCAGACCGACACUGAGGCGCUUAUGACGCAAUUGAAUUCCGUUAUACAAGAGAAUGACAUCAAGAAGAAUGAAAUGGAGCGACGCGGUCAAUCCAUGUCGGAUGGCAGUUCUGUUGUUAACAUCAAGAAAGCGAUAAAUAAGCUUAAAGAGGAUACGGCUCACUUAAAUUUGGAGGUGGCACUUCUGGUGCAUGGCAUCGAUCAGGAUAUCAUGCGUCAAGCAGGGAAUUUCACUGAGACUGAUUCCGGCUAUGAUUCGUCAACCGUAAAGACUUUUUAGUCGAAAUUACCGUUAUUAUUUAUUUACUAUUCUACGCUUGGGAAACUUUUUUGUAAAUACAUAUAAUUCCGUCAUAAAAGAAUCAGCCCACCAACGCUAACGAAAACGCCUACAUACAAUCACACACACACGCAAGAGCAAUAGUCACUUGCAUAUGUGUGCGUAACAAACAACAAUAACAACAACAACAAACAGCGUUUAAACAUUAUUAUACAACGAUAGGC